GUGAACGCCCUUCGUAGCCUUACCCGGAAGAUGAUGACUUGAGGGAGAAGCGGGAAGGCGCGAAUAUGAACCCUUUAACUAAGGUGAAGCUGAUCAACGAACUGAAUGAGCGAGAGGUUCAACUUGGGGUGGCAGAAAAGGUGUCUUGGCACUCGGAAUACAAGGACAGCGCCUGGAUCUUUCUUGGAGGGCUUCCUUAUGAACUGACAGAAGGAGACAUCAUCUGUGUGUUCUCACAAUAUGGGGAGAUUGUCAACAUUAAUCUUGUGAGAGACAAGAAGACUGGCAAGUCCAAAGGAUUCUGUUUCCUGUGUUAUGAAGAUCAGAGGAGCACAAUUCUGGCUGUUGACAAUUUCAACGGAAUUAAGAUCAAAGGAAGAACUAUCCGUGUGGACCAUGUGUCAAACUACCGGGCUCCUCAGGAAUCAGAAGAUCUGGAUGAUGUGACCAGAGAGCUCCAGGAGAAGGGCUGUGGGGCUAAUACACCUCCAUCAAGUUCUCCUGAGGUGUCUGAAGAUGAAGAUGUUAAGCCCACAAAAAAGCACAAAAAAGACAAAAAAGAGAAAAAGAAAAAAAAGAAAGAAAAAGAGAAGACUGAGCACAAGGUACGAGCAGAGCUGCCCUCCUGCUCUUUGUCCUCUGGAAGCAAGACAGUAAAGGAAAAGGAUGACCAUGGCCCAAAGAAGCACAGCAGCGAGACCUCAGAGAAAGCCCAGAAGUCGGAAUCCAGAGAGGGGAGGAAGAAGCACCCAGGCUCCCCUGAUAUGAGGAGUCCCUUCCAUGGUAUAGCAGAGGACCCCGAGUGGGAGCCAAAGAAAGAGAAACCCAAGCAUGAGCAUAAGUCCUCGAGCAGGAAGGAGGGAGAAGAAAAGAGCAGAGAUAAGGAGAGAGGGAGGAGCUCAGGUACUCAUUCCAGCAGGCAUGGUGGGCAUUCUGAAGGGCGGAGUCAUAGAAGUAGAAGCAGGAGUCAUAGAAGUAGAAGCAGGAGUCCUGAUAAGUCCCAUAGGCAUAAAAAGCAUAGGCACUCCUGGGAGCGGGAAUCCUUCCAUGUCAGUGACCGUAGACAUUAUUGAAGUCCUGCCAGCUGGCCAGUUCUUUGAAAAUGAAUUUUGUUGCAUAAAUAUCAAAUUGUCUUUGUUGUUAUUUUUAUAUGUAAAGUUUUGGGGCUGAAUUCUUUCAAUCCCUUAUAUGACAGAGUUGUUCAGAAGGGUAUAGUUUCAACCCAAUCCACUGUCCCUGGGAAUAGUUGGUACUGACCAGAGUAUGUGCCUAAAAUUUGGUUCACAGAUUUGGCCUAUCGACUUCUGAUUUGAGAUUGUUGGGAAAGGCAAACACAAGGCAAUGAUGGAGUUCUAGUCUUCAUGUUAGAGAUUUGAGUUCAGUACUGUAGGACCUUACCAGAUGGCAGGAACAACUGUAGAAAGCCACAGCUUAUGAGAUUUGGAGAGUGUAAUAUGGAUAUGAUAGGAUUUUUUUUCAAGACAGGGUUUCUCUGUGUAGCUUUGGAGUCUGUCCUGGCACUCGAUUUGUAGACCAGAUCCAUCUGCCUCUACCUCUGGCUCCCAAGUGUUGGGAUUAAAGGCAUGCACCCCCCCCCCCCAGUGUGAUAGGAUUCUUAAGGCCAGCCAGUUCCCUCUCCUUUAUAUUUCGUGUUUGUUUUGUCAUGUCUGAGAUGGAACCCAGGUCAUUGCACCUGCUAGGAAAGUGCUCUAUUACUCAGCUCUAGCCCAGUUCCCUUUAUUUUGUUUUUGGUUCUUGAUGGUUACAUAUAUCUCUAGGUAUUUUUUUUUCUUUGUAACUUAUUUGUUUGUCUUGAGAUG